UAUCCCAUCCCUCCUUCGCUCAGGGAGCGCAGUGGAGCAGCGUGCAUGCCAGAGAGCCAAAGAGCAUUUGUCUGGCACACGUGGAGCUCCAACACCGCUCUGCCGCUGGCCCGGCCUCAGCGGAGGAGAGACCAAGAAGACGAGGAAGAGGAGGAGGAAGAGCAGGACAAGGAGGCCUCAGCAUCACAGGGAGGAGAGGCCAAGAGGAGGAAAGAUUCCCCGAAACGCAGUGAGGGCGUCGAAUGAGGAGGAGAAGAGGAGCCCGGAGGGCAUUGGAUAGGCUCAAUCCAGGAUGGCAGCUCCAGACUUACUGGACCCCAAAGCGGCCACUCACAACACAAAGCCCCGCCUCUCCUUCUCCACAAAGUCCAUCACGCUGACUCCACGAGAGGAGAGCGAGGUGGUUGCCACGGUGAUGAAAAGGAAGACGGUGACCGCCAUCUUUCUUUUAAUCGUCUUCUACCUGGUGAUGGGAGCGGCCGUUUUCAGGUCUCUGGAACAGCCUCAUGAGAGUGCUCAACGCUUGGCCAUCUUGACCCAGAAGUUGGACUUUCUGGCCAAACACCCCUGCGUCAACCACAGUCAUCUGGAGGAUCUGGUUAAGCAAGUCGUGGCAGCCAUCCGCUCGGGAGUGAACCCUGCCGGGACGCUCGCCAAUCCCAGCAGCCUGUGGGACCUGAGCUCCGCCUUCUUUUUUGCCGGGACUGUCAUCACCACCAUUGGCUUCGGGAACAUCUCUCCUCACACGGAGGGCGGGAGAAUCUUUUGCAUCGUCUACGCUCUGCUGGGCAUCCCACUUUUCGGUUUCCUCCUGGCCGGCGUAGGCGACCAGCUGGGCACCAUCUUUGCAAAGAUCAUCGCUAGAGUGGAGAAGAUGUUUGUGCACUGGGACAUCAGUCAGACGAAGAUCCGGGUCAUAUCUACAUUGCUGUUUGUGCUCUUUGGCUGCUUGCUGUUCGUGGCGCUCCCGGCAGCCAUCUUUCAACACAUCGAGGGCUGGUCAGCGCUGGAGUCGCUUUACUUUGUGGUCAUCACUUUGACCACCAUCGGCUUUGGGGACUUUGUUGCAGGGGGGUCAGAAAUCGAGUACUUGGACUACUACAAACCAGUAGUUUGGUUCUGGAUUUUGGUUGGACUGGCCUACUUUGCCGCCAUCCUCAGCAUGAUUGGAGACUGGUUAAGAGUCAUUUCGAGGAGGACCAAAGAAGAGGUGGGAGAGAUCCGCGCCCACGCAGCCGAAUGGACGGCCAACGUGUCAGCAGAACUGAAGGAAACGCGCCGACGAGUGAGUGUGGAAAUCUACGACAAAUUCCAGCGGGCCGCUUCCAUUAAACGUAAACUGUCGUCCGAGCUUGGUUUCAGCCCCGCCGCAGAAUUUGGGCUGCCACGAAGGACGGUAUCAGCCAAUCACAGCGAGGAGCGGGAGAAGAGCGACAAGGAGGCGGGGCUACCGGGGCUGACGCCUCAGCUAAACCGGAACUGUGGCUUAUUUAUGAACGGUCUGGACCUGGAAAGAGGCGAUAUGGCCAUUAUUGAACAUGUUAAGUGAAGGGCAGUUUGUUAUAUCGUGACCUGCUCGAAAAUCUUGGAAAAUGGAUUUCUUAACCAUGGUGGACAUCCUUGUUCUCCGUAAAGAUUUCCAGCUUUUCUGGGAGAGGUCUGGGAGUUUAAAUGUCAAUCAACAAUGGGAGCAACCACUAAAUAUUCAAACAGGAGCAAAUGUUAACAGUUUGUUCAUACGUGCUCCAUAGUUCUCAAACUAUUUGGGUCCUGGGACCUCCUCAUAAUUUUCACACCAAUUAAGCAUAACUACCAUGUAUACCCUCUCAAUGCCUGAAUACAUAAUAGUUGCUCAUUCGAGAGAAAAAAAAGUUGGUACGUAACAAUAACAAAUUUCUAUUUUUAAAGAGUUGCUCAGUUGUCAUAAAAAAGUUGUAAUCUUUCCAAGAAGAAAAAAAAGCCAAUUUAACGACUAUAUGUGCCCCUAAAUGCUUUAAGAAUUUUUUUUAAAUGGCCUAUUUUAAGGGGGGAAACAUUUCGAGAGGGGUAAUAGAAUAAGGAUAUUUCCCUCCUAGCAAAAGUCGUAAUAUUAUGAUAUCAAAGUGGGACUUAGUAUUGUUAUAACUGCUAGCAAGAUUUGAAUGUAGCCUCAUUUCACUACAUGCUCGAUUCUGACCGAGGCCUCACACUUAACUAACGUGCACAAGCACGAUUCUUAAACAUGGCCGUUCAUCAUGGCAAGCGAUUAUGAAAGUGCGUCGCACAGCGUCACCAAAAUAGCAGCUGUAGCCAUACUAAGCUAGCAUUAGCACUUUUAACAGCCAAUGUAAGCCACGCCUGCUUCGUGUUAGAAUGGUUUAUUUGUAAUUGAGUGUUAUUUUUACACAUAGUUAUCGUUUUAAGUUUUAUUUUUGGGAAUAUACAAUCAAUUAAAUAUCAAAAAGGUAAGAAAUGUAACUGUCGAGCUAAUUGCUAAUUCCGUAUUGCUUCUGAAUCUUAGGUGCCUGUAGUCUUCUUCUGUUUCCUCGUCUUCUGCCCAAUGUUCGUUUAUUUUUGUUGUUGUUUUUGUCAAGAGGUGGACAUUCGGUCAUAGUUUCAGCAAAGCUCCCGAAAGCCUUGGGAACAGGUCAGCAUUUGGCUGUGCUGGUGGUGGGUUGGGGUGAAGGCGCUUGCGAGUGAAUGACAAACGUUUGAUACCUUGUUAGUCAAGCAUUCUGUCUG